AUGAUUACUGCAACAUGGAUGAAGAUGAACAAAGGCCGGCUUGAAAAUCCUCACUUGUCGAACACUACUUUUAUUGAAAUUGUAAUGAAUCUCACCAAGAUGGCUCAAUGCAUGUAUCAACAUGGGGAUGGACAUGAGCCAGAAGUUUUACCGUGUUCAUUGGCGUUGUGUUUUGCUUUCACUUACGUGUGUCUUCACCCACUCGAUAAAUUCAAAACCAAGUUGCCAACAAAGGGUGCUUCACAUAUUUGCAUGAGCAUGUUUAAUCGUUUUUUACAGUGUCUUUCAGCUGGUCAAGCCCAAGAGGUGCUUGAGCUGUUCAAGUGGAUUCUUGGACUCAAGCAGAUUGAAGCAGGGCGUUGGAGGAAAUCGAUUUUUUCUAAACUUGAGAUGUUCCCUUCUAUGCUUGUUCCUCCCACGACUGGUGCAAUGGAAAAUAUUGUGUCAUUGGCUAUAAUGGUGCCUAAAAAAUUGAUUACUCAGAGAAUGCAGGCGGGUGCAAACGGGCGAUCUUGGGAGGUUUUAUUGAGAAUUUUGGACAAAGAUAGGUUUUUGGGGCUUUAUUAUUCUGCUACAUUGUUGAGGAAUUUGCCUGUUGGUGUGCUCAGUUAUUCGUCUUUUGAGUACUUGAAAGUUGCAGAUUUGAGUAGGACUAAGAAGGGUCAUUUGGAGCCAAUUCAGAGGGUGUGUUGUGGGGCAUUGGCUGGAGCAAUUGGUUUGUAUAUGUCAACUGGUAUCUCAAGUCUCUAUCACAUGGUAAUCAAAUACAUGCCUUAG